CCUUGGCGAACUUCGGAAGCAAACCAUCUGACUGUUCGUAAAAGGUGCACCUUUUCUCUCUUGGGACUAAAACUGAAAAUCGCUGCGUAUAUAAUAAGCCUAGGAAUCUAUGAUGAUCCCAAAUCUCCGGCAACGAGACUGUAAAGUGCUCACCGGUAAUUGAGGCGGGCAGAGGAAUAUGAAAAUGCUGAUGAACGGUGUCGUUGGGGGAGAGGAAAGGGGAUGCGCCGAUGAAGGCACGGUGGUGGUCGGCGUGAAGCUUGACUCGCCGAGCAGGGAGCUCUUGACAUGGGCUUUGGUUAAAGUAGCGCAGCCUGGUGACUCUGUGAUUGCUCUUCAUGUUCUUAGCGACAAUGAAAUUGUGGAUCGAGAUGGGAAGUCUUCGCUUCUAUCGCUUGUAAAAGCGUUUGAAUCUGUUCUUACCGUCUAUGAAGGUUUCUGCAACUUGAAACAGGUGGAUCUCAAGCUUAAGAUAAGCAGAGGUUCAUCAAUUCCAAAAAUCUUAGUGAGAGAAGCCACAUCUUAUUCUGCAACAAAGGUUAUUGUUGGAACUGCCACCAAGCACCAUAAAAUCCGGUCAUCAACCUCGGUUGCUAAGUACUGCGCAAAGAAGCUCUCAAAGACUUGCUGUGUUCUUGCAGUUAAUAAUGGAAAAGUAGUGUACCAGAGAGGGGUCUCCCCUGUGGCUAGUACUUUUGGCUCAGAAGGAACUGGGGAUCAUCGAAAGAAUGGUUUACUUAAUGCAAUUCAUAGGACAAUAUCAUUGACCAAGAAUUCUAAAGUACUAAGUGAAGGAAACGCCCUUGGAACCACAAAGUUGAAUAAUGAUGGCAAAAAUGUGGAUCAGGCCUUAGUCAAGGUGCGUUCAGAUUCUAUAAAUGCUGUUACAAAACAAAAUUGCUCAAUUUGUGGACCUGGUAAUGCGUUGCCGGAUAAUUUUUCUGACCAAUCUGCAAAAGAGUCUUCUGGUGAUGAUACUGGUGGAGACAAUUCCAUGGCUAUAGUACCAGUACCGAAGGCGGAGGCAGCAUCAAGUUCAAUUUCUAUGCUGAUCGGACAGUUGCCUGAAGUUAGACCUGGUUGGCCCUUACUUCGUCGUGCAGUUUUGUCAGACAGACAGGUUCCUGACCGGUCUUCAUUGAGGAAGAUAUCUGUGGUUCAGUGGGUGAUGCGGUUGCCCUCCAGGCGUACUUUGUACCUUUCCAAUUCAGAUAGUAAAAAUGAUUGUUUUGAUCAGAGCGAAGACAAGUCUUCCAAUGUUGAUGAAGAAAGUGGUGCUAUGGUUCCAGUUGGCAUUGAGGCUCUGACCUCUCCACCCUCACUCGACCACAGUUCAAGAAGCCUGCCAAAGGAAUUGGAGGGUCUUCAUGAUAAAUAUUCAGCAACUUGUAGAUUAUUUAAAUACCAAGAACUUGCCUCAGCAACGUCCAAUUUCUUGGCUGAAAAUUUGAUCGGGAGAGGAGGCAGCAGUCAGGUGUAUAGGGGUUGCCUUCCAGAUGGUAAGGAACUUGCUGUGAAGAUCCUAAAGCCAUCUGAUAAUGUAUUGAAGGAGUUUGUCCUGGAAAUUGAGAUUAUUACCACAUUGCAUCACAAGAACAUAAUCUCCCUUCUGGGUUUCUGCUAUGAGGAUAGCAAUCUUCUCUUGGUUUAUGAUUUCUUAUCAAGAGGAAGCCUUGAAGAGAAUCUUCAUGGUUAUAAGAAGGAUCCUCAUGCAUUUGGUUGGAAUGAAAGAUAUAAGGUGGCACUUGGGGUAGCUGAGGCUUUGGAUUAUCUCCAUGGUACGAGUGAUCAACCCGUGAUCCACCGGGAUGUUAAAUCAUCAAACAUACUGCUAUCUGAUGAUUUUGAGCCACAGCUCUCUGAUUUUGGACUUGCUAAAUGGGCAGCUCCCACUGCGACACAUAUAACUUGCACGGAUGUUGUGGGAACUUUUGGCUACUUGGCUCCUGAAUACUUCAUGUAUGGCAAAAUAAAUGACAAGAUUGAUGUCUACUCAUUUGGUGUUGUACUGCUUGAGCUUCUUUCUGGAAGAAAGCCCAUAGCAAACGACUAUCCCAAAGGCCAAGAGAGCCUGGUCAUGUGGGCAAAACCAAUUUUAACAGGAGGGAAGAUUUCCCAAUUAUUAGAUCCAAGCUUGGGUGAUGAUUACAACCAUGACCAGAUAGAGAGGAUGGUCUUAGCUGCCACUCUCUGUAUUAGACGUGCUCCACGAGCUAGGCCCCAAAUGAACCUCGUUGUGAAGCUACUUCAAGGAGAUAUUGAUGUAACUAAGUGGGCAAGGCUGCAAGUUAAUACCUCAGAAGAAUCUGACAUGCUGGAUGAUGAAUCUUGCCCGCGGUCUAAUCUCCAAUCCCAUCUUAACCUAGCACUGCUUGACGUAGAGGAUGAUUCACUCUCCAUUAGCAGCAUUGAGCAAUCGGUAUCAUUAGAGGACUACCUGCAAGGCAGAUGGAGCCGCUCAUCUAGCUUUGACUAACCACAUUACCAGUAUGAUCUCAAUGAUCUAUUUUUCUCAUGUAUAUUUUUGUUUGUUUGUUGUAGUUUCAUCUCUCUGGGUUGCUUUCACUAGGGUGUUGGAUGAGAGGUUGUUUGCUGGUGCGCCCUCCUCCUUCCCUAUCUAAUUCAUAUCCAUCACUAUUUGUUGUGUUUGGUGGAAGCUAAAUGUGUUGUAAUUGUGAAUUAUCUAGUCAUAAAUGUAAUCAUUGCUCCAAAUUUGCCCAAAAGCAGGCAAAAAUAAGAGCAAUUUUGUUAUGAAUGAUUUCUUCAUUUCGU